CAAAAUAGUAAGUGAAUUACAGUUUUCUAAGAUAAAAUACAAUCAAUUAUAUAAAUUCAUGAGAAAAAAAAACAAAUAAACAUACAAACGAAGAUAGGAUAAUGUUUUAAGUUUAACAAUAAUAAAAACAUAUAUGGCCUAUAUAUUUUAGGUUUAAAUAUUCUAUUCAAACAAAAGAACUAGCAGUAAAUGAAUUAUUAAUGGAAUAUUAUCAAUCAUUUCCAUGGAAGCUAAUCAAACAACAAAUUCAACUUUGAAUCUUCCAACUUUAGUUAUUUUAAUUAAAAAUAUUUGUAUUCCAUUUUAUUUAUUAAUAUUAAUAUUUGGUUUAUUUGGCAAUGGAUUAACAGUUGUUAUAUUACAAUCAAAACGUUUACAACAAUCUAGUACAUUAAUUUAUUUAACUGUAUUAGCUAUUGUUGAUAUAUUUUAUUUACUUACUGGUUUAUUAUUUACUAUCAUUAAUUAUACGUUUUUAUUUCCAAGUGAUAUUAGACAUUAUUCAUUAAUUUCAUGUAUUUUAACACCAUAUUUAAGUUAUACAUUAGCUUAUUUAAGUGUAUGGUUAUUAGUAUCAGUAACUAUUGAUCGUGCAAUUUGGGUUGUACAACCAUUUAGUGCAAAACGUGUAUGUACAACACGUAAUGCCUGGUUAACUAUAUUUAGUAUAACAAUUAUUUUAUUUAUAUUUGAUUCACAUUUCUUUUGGACAAUGAAUUAUAAUAUUGAUUCAAUUAAUUCUACAAUUAAUACUACUUAUUAUAAAUGUACACCAAGUUAUUUUACCCAAACUAUAUUUCCAUAUAUUGAUUUAUUAUUAGUAUGUGUAAUUCCAUGUUUAUUUAUGCUGAUAGCUAAUGGAUUAAUUGGAAUACAAUUAAAACGAAUGAGUGAUUUUAAUAAAAAACGACAAAAGAAUCGUUUAUUUUUGAAUCAUGCUUCAAUUCAACAACAACAACCACAACAACCAACACAAGGAUCAUUAAAGUGUGCAUACAAUUUGACAGCAGGCAAAUUAACAAAUGAUUCUCGUUUAAAUGAUGAUUUGUCAACAAAUAUCAGUGGUAUACAAUAUCCUAGAAAACGAUGUAAAUCAAAUGCAUUGAAACAUUGUGUUAAGAAUUCUAUUAAAGGUCGUUCAAAUAUGAAUAGAUCUUCAGCAUUGACAGCAAUGUUAUUAGCAAUUAAUAUGUUUUUUAUGAUAAGUGUAUGUCCACUUCUUGUUUAUGAUGUAAUCUAUUUUGCGUUUAAUUUAAAUACUUGGAUUGAAAAAGAUGAAUUAAUUAGAGGUGUAUUAGUUUUUGGUAUUGAACGAUUUGUUUAUGUUUUAUGGUAUACUAAUUUUGCUGUACACUUUUUAUUAUAUUGUCUAAGUGGUCCACAGUUUAGAGCACAAGCAAAACAUUGGCUUCAAUCAUGUUGUCAUUUUAUGAAUUUACCUUGUUUAAUUAAUGAUAAAUCAACAAUAAAAUUACAGGAUACAACAAAAAUUCAUGAAUUUCAUGAUUCCACUAUAAAAAAACCAAUUUCACCACAAAAUUUAAGUAUAAAUUAUUGUCCAUCACCUAGACAAUCUUAUGAUGAUACAAUUCAACGUCCAUCAUAUCAUCAUUAUCCACAACAAAGUCAUCAAUCUUCUUUUGUACAAAUUAAUGAUGAAAAUCAUCAAAUAUUUAGAUAUAAUUCUGUUCAAUCUGGUUGUAUUUAACAACAAAUACAUACAAAUAUCUCAGCAACAAACAAUCUACUUUACCAUCUAUAGUUUUGUUUAAAAUAACUCGAAAUAUGAUUAUUAUUAUCUCAAAUCAUUUGAAUCUUUCAUUGAAUUAAAAUUUAACUACCCGGAGUGAUAAGAUUUAUUGAAUGAUCCAUUAGUUAUUAUUAAAUAUUCAAUCAAUCAAUCAAUCAAUCAAUCAAGCAAUCGAUCAUUUAAUUUAACUAGAUAUAUCUAUGAUAAAUAAAUGAAUAUAUUUACGAUGGAAAUGAUUAAGUAAGAGAUGAAGUAAAGUUUUUCUGUCAUAUAUACAACCACUCUUCUUAUUUUUUCCUAAAAAAUUGUGAAUGUUGUACAUAAUUAUGCAUUCUAUUGAAAUAAUGUUUUGCUGUUAAUUUGGUUGUUGCAAAACAUAAUGGAAUAUCAUUGGAUUGUUGA